AGUCCCACCCGACACCAGUGACUGAGGCAUGGAGUCGGUGGGAGCCAUGGAGCCGGGGAAGAGGAAACUGUCGGCGAAGAUCAUGGAGAAGCUGCCGGUGACGGGACCCCAGGCUCUGAGCAUGAGUGAGCUGGCCCGCUGGUAUUGUUACAACACCAACACGCAUGGCUUCCGCAGGAUAGUGGUGUCACGUGGUCGGCUGCGCCGCGGGGCCUGGUUGCUGCUGACCGGCUGUGCCGCGUCCCUCAUCGUGUGGCAGUGCGCGCUGCUCGCCAGCGCCUACUACACCGUGUCGGUCUCCAUCACCGUGCACUUUCAGGAGCUGCCGUUCCCGGCCAUCACCAUCUGCAACAUUAACCCCUACAGGUACAGUGCGACUAGAUGGCUGGUGGGGGAACUGGAGAAAGCCACACUCACGGUGUUGGACGAGCUUUACAAGUACACGGACGCCGAGGACGAUGGUGGUGAGGUCAGACCCCAGCACGAGGCGGAGCCCGGCGAGGGCAGCAGGCCCAGCUUGUUCCAGAAUAUUCCACUGCUGCAGAUCCAGGCCAGGGGCCCCGAGUACAGCAUUGUGUCCAACCUGCUGAGCAGGCGGCAGCACCGGGUCAACGGUACAGUCAGCACCCACUCGCUCGGCAACGCCGAUAUCCUCAACCAGGAACACCUGGUCGGCUUCAAGCUGUGUGAGGGGGGGGACAUUGACAGCUCUGACUGUACCAUCUACACCUUCACCUCGGGGAUGGCUGCUGUGCAAGAGUGGUACCAGCUGCACUACUACAACCUCCUGGCUCAGGUGCCCCCCGAGGACAAGCGGGCGAUGGGCUACUCCGCCGAUGACCUGUUCCUUACCUGCCUGUACGACGGCCUCCCCUGUGACUCCAGGAACUUCAGCCUCCACCAGCACCCGCUCCACGGCAACUGCUUCACCUUCAACGGAGGAGAGAAUGGCCGCGUCCUGAUCACUCGCACCGGGGGCAGCCAGAACGGUCUGAAAGUGACUCUGCACCUGGACGAGGACGAAUACAACCCCUACUUGGUCACCUCGACGGGGGCCAAGAUUGUGGUGCACGACCAGAGUGAGCAUCCCUUUGUGGAGGAUCUGGGCAUCGCGAUCCCGGCCGGAAUGGAGACCUCCAUUGGCCUGGACUUGACAGAAUCUCACAAGCUGGGUGGCCCCUACAGCGACUGCAUUGAGGACCUCCCAGAGGACAACCUGUACAACAAGUCCUACUCCCUGCAGAUGUGCCUUCAUUCCUGCUUCCAAAAGGAGAUGGUGCAGACCUGUGGGUGUGGACACUAUGAGAAGCCAUUGCCCCCAGGAGCACAGUAUUGUGAUUACAACAGGUUCCCGGGCUGGAUUUACUGUUAUUACCGACUUCGGGAUCGGUUUCACCGGGAGCAGCUGGUGUGCCAGGAGCUGUGCCGGCAAGCCUGUCACUGUAAGGAGUGGACAUUGAUGACGAGUGUUGCCCAGUGGCCGGCACAGAGCGCUGAGGACUGGGUGCUUCGUCUGCUGAGCUGGGAACGAGGCCGGGAUGGCAAUAAAACACUGAGCACGAGCGAGCUUGCUAGCCUGGACAUUUACUACGCGGAUCUGAGCGUGAGAAACAUCACAGAGAAACCAGCAAACACUAUGGUGACACUGCUCUCGAACUUCGGGGGGCAGUUGGGGCUAUGGAUGAGCUGCUCCGUGAUCUGUGUGAUCGAGAUUGUGGAGGUGUUGCUGGUGGACGCGCUGUGGGUGUUGGUGAGGAGCGCUGGGCAGAGAGUUCGCCGUUGGUGGCAGAGGCCGGAGCAGGAGGAGGUCCCGGCGCACGGCACGGCUCAUGGCAUUACCGUCUACCUGGAGGACGAAGACCCCCCGACCUUCAACGCCGCCCUGCGUCUGCCCCGGCAAUGCCCGCCCACAGCACCGCCACCCAACUAUGAGAUGCUGCAGCAAUGCCACGGCUUUAACGGUGGCCCCGAAGAGGAACGUUUCUAGCCGUGC